UGAUAAACCUUUUUGUUCUGUUAUUUUAUCUGGAAGAGUUCUCUGAGGUCCCUUCCAGUUCAUUUUCCUGUGUCUGAUAUCCAAGGCCGGAGAAAAUAUUUUGAUUUUGCAGUAUCUGUGGAGUAAUCACAAGGUCACUGCCAUACGUCUGUUUAAUUGUAAAUAUUUCUAAAGUUAAGAAUUCCCACUGACAGAUCAGGAUACUGGCACAAUAUAGGCUUUUAAAAUGUUGAGGUCAGGAUUCAGAGCAGCCAUAAGUAACUAAAGGGGUGCUUAUUAUGGCUGUACUCAGACUGGCAGGUAGAAGUGCUGUCCAAAGAGAUACAUCAUCAGGCACAGUGGGCUGGGACCUUUUCCUUUCCCUCUGUGUGGUGAAUACUGACAGCAGGAUUUUCCAUCGUUUUUGUGGAAGGCAAAAUUAAUUCUUUUAUAAUAAAUGAAAAGAAAUAUCUUAAAUUGUAUUCAGUCUAAAUUGUUUUUGAAGGGGAAUCUUUUUGCACAAUUCUGCUGAUGGCUUUGGGAAAUCCCCGUGCCCUGCCAGACAGAGGGAAGUUGAAACAGAAAUAUUCACAAGAGCUUUGUGAACCCAGUGAAACUGUAAAUGACCCAGUUUAGGGGGUUUUGUUGCAGGGUGCCAAGGCUUUAGCUCUUUCCUUGAUGGUCAAUACCUCUAUCCUCACGUUAGACCUGAGUGACAACUGGCUGCAGUGAGAGGGGGCAGCUGCGAUUGCAGAGAUGCCGAAAGAAAACUGCUACAUUUCAGAUGUUGAUUUAUCUGACAACAAAUUAGGUGUUGAAGGAGCUAAGGCCUUUUCUGCUAUGCUUCUAGAAAAUACUAUAGUUGUGUUCCUCCAGCUCUCAGGAAAUGAAUUUGACAAUCAUGCAGCAAAGUAUUUAGUGGAUGCAAUCACAGCAAACAGCAAAGUGGAAAUUCUGGAUCUGAGUUACAACAUGUUUGGUGACAAAGCAGGUGAAAUUCUUGGGACAGCAAUAGCAGAAAACAUUGGAUUAAAGGAAUUUAAAAUCAACCGGAACCAUUUCCAUAGCCAAGGGGCAGCUGCCUUGGCCAAAGGCUUGGCAGCAAACAUAUUCCUCAAAGUGCUGGAUGUUUCCUACAAUGGCUUUGGCAACAGUGGAGCAGCUGCCUUGGGGGAGGCUCUUAAAGCCAACACUGUGUUGGAGGAGCUCAAUGUUAGCAGCAACCGUAUUUUGGUGGAAGGAGCUCUGCACAUUGCAGCUGGCCUGAAAGAAAACAAGACUCUGAAAAGACUUAACAUGACCAGAAAUCCUGUGCAGAGUGAAGGCUGCCAUGGGGUUCUCAAAGCUCUACAAGCAAAUUCUGGCACUGGCAUUGAGAUCCUGGACUUGCCAGACAUCCCUGUGAACAAAGAGCUUGUAGAGCUGUGUGGUGCUGUGAAAAUACUUUUCCCAAAUAAUCUUCCCAGAUAUGGUAGAAAUGUGAAGUUGCAGAGUCAGUUGAAAGCUGAGCUUCGGACUCAGCCCAAAGUGGUGGGUAAUUCUCAGAAUUAACAUGAGUCUCUCUGGGACUGCUUCUUUGGCACCUCUGCCUAACACCCCACCACCACACACCAAGCCUGUGACCCAAGGACGUGCCAGGGCAGGAUCUGUGCAAGUACUGGCUACUUCAUCACUGCUGGCACUUGGAAGUUCUGUCUUUUCACUUUAAGAUUUCUGCUACAACCAGCUCUGAGUCUCUUCCAGCACAUGCAAGAGCAACCUUAAGGAUGAGAGUCCAGGGGCUCCUUGUUAAUCAUCCUCUUUGUUUGUAGGGACAUUUGUCUGGUGGAACAUCAUGUGCUGCAGCUGCUGCUGGUGCUAGGUUCCAUCGCCCGCUGCAGUGGGGUCUGUGCAGCCUGAGGGUGUGCUUACUAUGUAGGAAGCAAAGUCCUAUCUAGAGAUGUGCUGUGAACAAAUGCUUCCUGCCUUAGGCUCCUUCUGUUACACAGCCGGGGUUGCCUUUGCUGAACUGCCGGUCAGAUGCACCGGUGACUCAUUUUCAGCUGCUUCCUACCACAGUUCCUUAGAUUUACAUGGAGCCAGAGUAGAGCCCUGUGCUGGGUCAUGACUGGUGUUAUUUCCUGGAUGCAUGCCCUUACUUUUGUCAGUGUUACAUAGGAUGGAUACUACAAGUUGCCUACAAAUAGGACAGGCACUCUGUGGUAGUUUAGGAAUGACAACAGCACGUGGGCUGUAACUCUUUUCCCCUCCCUGGGAUGUUUUCUGUGAUCCUGGUAUUAUCCAGUGGAUCCUCCUCUGGAACCCCCUGGAUACUGGGAUUCAGGGAGGGGAGGAAUUGUGAGCUUCUUGAGGAGCAUUGGGCAGGAAUCUUGUCUGUGCUCUAAGCAGCCUGGCUUAACUCUUCCUCUCCUGGUCUCUGUAAAGAAGUGGUUUCUCACAGUGUGGGAGAGGGGCUGAGGUUGGUCACCAAGGGGCUCUGGCUGCCUGGUUUGGGCUGGAGGUGCCGGCAGCUCGACCCCACAAUCAGGGCAGCAAACCCCAGCGGUGUUGCAGUGCUGCCUUAACCGAGUUGUGGCCAUACACAAAUAACUGCCUUUCAUUCCCUGGAGGUUGGCAGGGUUUGUAAAGCACGUGCCACACCCUUGGCUUUAUCUGUGGCUCCAGCUAGGUGAGCCUGGCCUGUGCCCUGGCAUGGUGGCGUGCACUGGCUUUACUUCCCUCUGUCACUGACACACCAGGUGACGAGGUCUGGGGACAGCCAGGCAGUGCUCUCCUGUAAGGCAGUGGUGACACCCCUCUGAGAAGGCAGCUUGCAAAGGCAGGGGCCAAAAUUCAAGACAGCUUCUGCCAGUCUCCUUCCAGAGUAGCUGGCUGGUGCCCUGUGUUUUGCCUUAUGCUUUUUCCCUAGAACAGAAGCAUUAUAAGCCCCUUGCUCACCUUUGUAUUUUGUUUACCUAAUAAGUGUGCUACCAGUGAAAUUGCACUUAAUGUUAGUUCUUAGAAGAAGAUGAGUUUUUGCCUCUUUAUUUGAAAAUAACUCUAUGCAGUUAUGAUUUACACAAUGGAGUUUGUCCUAUAAAUGUUCAAAUUAUUUUACAGUCAUGUAUCUAAUAAAUAAUGUCUGAGCCUUGGAGUCACACAUGUCUGUUCACACCAUUUGGAGAGGCCUCUUGCGUGCUGUAAGGUCUGUCAAUCUGGGUUGUUUCUAGAAAUUUCAGAACCAUCCUGACUCCCCCUUGAUCUCUAGGUGAAAAAUUUGUGUAUCGAACACAGAAGCUGUUAUGGGGCUUGAUUUAAAUCAGUAUAAGUACUUAUAUUUUUAAAAAUUUAGUCACCAUUUAUUGUUUCUGUUAUGUCUUUUGCCCCUAGCCCUUACCAUGCUCUCCAAAGAAGUGAUGCAAAUUAAAAUUGUAUUAAAAAAUAAGGUGGGUAAAAAAUUCUUACACACCAAGUCCAUCCUUAUUCACCAGCUGUUGUAACUAGAGAAGGUCCACUUGCCCCUGCCUUGACACAUAUCCAAUCAUUAGUCCCUGGAGUCAGAGCUGGGUGGUUUUAAGCUCAAUAAACCUACCAAUACACCAUUUGGGAAUACCCAGUGAGCCAGCAGUGGUUUAUGGGGUGCUGUAACUGGGGUACAUAUGUUGAAUGUUCAGUUCUCCUGCGGGUUUGAUGAGAGCAGGAGGUGGCUGUGGAAAACUAAGCACUUGCCCAGUCCGUGAGUAGUCAGGAUUGAACAGGCAGGAUUUGCCCUUCUGGAGGGCUGCAGGGAGAAGGGGAAACAGGCUGCUAGAGCUGGCCUGCGGGAGGUUUUGUGUGUGAAGCUGUAGGGAUUUGCUGUGCUUUGGCAGCUGCUACAAAAGGUUAUGAGGAAUUAACACGUGGAAAGUUACACUGAGAGCUGUAUUUCUCUUAUACUGAAGUACCAGUUAUUCCCAAUUUACCUGGUGAUCUCCCUGGCUGGUAUCAUUAUUCAUCUUUCCUCCACACUCAGCCGUGUUCUCUUUCAGCCUGGGAAUUAAUCAUGGAAUAACUCACCAGAAGAUUUGUUGAGACCCUGUUCACGAUGUCAUUUCAAGUACUGAGCCAUUUUUUGUGUGUCUGAGUGUUAUUUCAGUAUUUUUCCUUUCUGUUUUCUUUACAAAGCUGCCAGGUAGAUGCCUUGUGGAAGGGACUAUAAGUGCAGCAGCACUGCUGCCUCUUUCCAAGCUCCUGUCCCCAGUAAAGCACAGAGGUUACACAGAUCAUAUUAAUUGGCACUAAUGGUAUUUUUUCCUUAAUUCUUGGCAGCUUUCAUUUUGAUCAGUGUCCUUUUGAGGCCUUGAAUUUCCUCGCACCCCUUCACCUUUUUGAAACAUCAGCCAGCUUGUGCUCUGGGACUUCUCCAGCUGCCUGUAAGCUAUAGAGGUGAUCACAAAAGUUUUAGCUACAGCAGCUACUAAUAAGCAUCAUUUGGAGACAGGGCUGGGGCAGAGGACUCUGCGAUAUGACUCUUAGCUUCUCCCCCAGUGCAGGAGAGAGGUUUUUCAUUAACACUUUGAUCUCCUUUGCAAUACUGAGUGUGCUGCCAUGCACAAAAGUGCCCUGGCUCUUGUCCCAGCAAGGAUUGGGGUCCACAGUGUUUGGUGCUGCCCUGAAGUGCUUCCAGUCUAGUGAGGGAAGCCCAGGCAGGUGGGAUCAUGAGAAACCAGCUGUCUGUGCUCCAGAGGAGGAGCAGCUCACUGCAGCCCACUCCUGACAGCAUCCGAUGGACAUUUCAUAACCUCUGAGGCAAAGCUGUCAUUACCGUGAGGAAGUUUUUCUAGUCUCUUACCUAAAUCUCCCUCAUGGCAGUUUAAGUCCGUUUCUUCUUGCCUUGUCUCCUGUGCACGUGGUGAAGAUUUAUUCUCCUUUUGUGGCUGCGUGGUUGGAGACUGGGCCGUCUGCUGUCGGGAAGGAGCCUCUGCUGCUGGGAUGCGACUGCAUCAUUCAUGCCUACGCUCGUACAAUUCGUUAGAAAACAUCUGCGCUGCGUGGUGAGACCGGGAGGAGCUGCGGCCCCAAGGCAGCCUGGCUGCAGGGACUGCCGAGACAGAACACAACCGCCCCUGGGAAUGCUCUGGGUACCCUGUGCUCAGCCACCGGCUGCGGGCCCGGCCGCGGGGGGACGAGGGGACAACAGCACCCAGGGUUUGUGCCAUCUUUUCUUGCCCUGCAGGCGGCAGAAGGCGCAGAUACGAGCAGAUAUGUCGAGGCUGGAGCUGGGUGCUUACCUCAUCCUCUGGCUGUAUCUGCAGGGGGAGGACCGCGGGGGAUAACGAGAGGAUUACUUACCGCCAGCCUUAAACGGGCCCUGCAGCUUGGCUGUGCUGCUUUCCGAGCUGGGGUGGGGGGAGGGAUAAUUUAGAAACACAAGGCUGGGAAAUUAUUUAAUCAGGACACUGAGCUGCCCUCUCCUGAGCAUCAGCUCACCGCCCGCUUCCAGUGCCCCGGGCUCCCCUUUUCCUCCUCCAGCACGGACAAGGGCUCAGGUAUGCAAGUGGGUCAGCGCCUGAUUAUUUCAGCGUUUUCUGUGAUUAAACUGUCUCUGAAACAGUUUGGGAUGUUCCUGCAGCUCCCACCCCCCCGCGAUCCCUGCAGGAGCUCCCACAGAUCGCGGGGCCGUGUGGAUGACAGCAGUGAUCCUGCAUCCCCAAGGCUCCUCCUCUGCCAGCCCUGAGCCCUGCCUGCCCACUCCCAUGCUGUCCGGGGGGAUUAUCACCCCCAGAUCACAGUAACCCUCUUAGCCCAGCCUGGGAGCACGUGUGCUGGGGCUGCUCCUGCCCCAUGGCCCUAAACCCUGCCAGGUUCCCGGAGCCCAGCACCAGCCGUUACACCACUGACCUACAUACUUCCCUGAGGCACUGUAAUUAGAUUUCCAUGCAGUCCAGCUAGGCUGAUUAGAUCACUUCCGUGAGCCCCAGAAAAUAUGAAUUUUGCUUUUUUAAGCUAAUUUGGAUAAAGAUACUCCUGUGGAAAACCAGUGUAAACCAGUGAGUGCCUGUCUCCCCACGCUCCAUGAAACAGGGUUCUGUGAGCUGUAUACAGGGUGGUUUGUGUAUCAGUCUGGCUGGAUCACACACACAGGGGUACAGAUAGGUGAAAUUAUGUUUUUUUCUCCCUACAAUUACGGGCUGCCAUCUUAAAGCACUGAUGAUGCUGUUUAAUUUGGUUGUUUUUUUAAUCUUUUUUUUUCCUGCUGACACAGUUUUCAAGAACAGAUCAUUGUAGGAGGGCUCCCUUGGUGGCAGUGGCUGCUGACAACCCCCUUGUUUUGUGUGUGCAUUAAUGGGCAGGCAAUUUAAAAUCGAUUAAUACAUGUUCUGUGUCUGUGCAGGGCAUGUUAACUGCAAUAGGAUGGUGUAUGACAUGGGUGAACCGACCAAUUCUGUAGUCCUAUUUUAAAAAAACCCACAAGUGUGCUCAAGAGGGGACACUUGCCUCCCAGGCUGACAUUAAUUAUGUUUCAAGCUUUUAAUUCCCUGCCAGCCAUAUCCCCGUCACUCCCUGCCUCUCCCCGGCUGUGCUGGGGGGUACCCCAUAUCCAUGCUUGCUUUUUUAUGGCACAGCCUUACAGUAACUUGUCUGCAUUUUUACAAAUGAACAUUUUAAAAUAGAUUAAGUAUCGAUGGUUAUGAGGCUCAUUCAACAGCUCUUCACUAGUUUAAAAGGUUGACCGAGAGCCCACACUGGGUGAGCUCGGCCCUGGCCACAGCUGAGAGUAUUUUGUGAUGUGACUUCUAUUGAAUUUCCUCCUAAAGAGAACAUAAAAGUGUUUUGAACCUCAGCCUGUCCUGCUCUGUUAGGACUUCUACUGCUCUUCCCCAGCCUUGUGCUGGACUCCCUUGCUCCUGAUACAUCACUACAGUUCUUUCUAUUCUCCUUUAUCCUGCUGACAGUGGAUUUACAGCAGAGAUUAAAAGCCAACAAUUGAUAAGGAGAGUUAAGUCUAUCUGCCUCCCUGGAUACAUGUUGAAUAUUUUUUUAAUAAAGAAUGAGUUUGUUAUUAUGGAAGGAAGCUUCCCUAGUGAGCAACAACAAUGGGGACGGGGGUAUCUAUGGAUUAUCUCACACUUUUAACUCCCAUUAUUUGCGCUGGUUCCCAAGUUCUACUGUCCAUUCAGCUCUUACCCCUCUUGGCAGCUUUAGAAAACCUGCCCCGGUGCCGUUCAACAUCGUCCUCACUGUUGACAAAGGGGCUUGAACCUUUGUGUAUUUGUAAAUACACAAUUUGUAAACCUCAAGCUCCAGGCUACCUUUGCCAGGCUGCCCCAGCUCCUCGGGGGUCCAAGUGUCCAUGAGUCCUGCCAGAGCCCACCCUGGUGAAUAAAGCACCCGUGUCAGCAGAGUCGCUGCUCCCGGUGGGCCCAGCCAGGUGUUGUGCAUCUCAUGUGUGCCAGCCCAGCUCCAGAAGCACCUGCCAGUGGCUGGGAACUGGGCUCCCGACACGGUGACCUGCUGAGCCCAGCCCCUGCCCUGUGGUGCCCAAGAGCAGGGUCUGCAUGCCCUGGGCACAGCCCCGUGCUGCCCUGGCACGGCUCAGGAGGGACGUGGCUGCAGGGUGGCAGAGG